AUAAUACGCCAAACCGAGUUCACAUGAAAGUUGAUCUUAAAUCGAUCGGCGGGUCGGUAGUGCGAAUCGGAAGUGCUAUUAGUAGCCUUGGGGAUAAAACAUCUGAUCUUCGGGCUGGCGGUAGUGCGCGCAUAUAUGUGUGUGCGAUGUACUUAAUUCGCUUUAAUUAACGAAGAGCGAUCGAUCACUUUUUCAUGUAUCGUCAUCGGCCGCAGAAGACGAGUCCUGAGGAUCUGCCUUGGUCGGGGUCUGAUAAGAUCGGCGCGUGACAACGUUAAUUAUAAAUAUAAUAAGGCUCGUAAAAUCGGUCACGCUUGUUAUGCGCUGGUCGCGAUAUAUCGUCGGUCCGGUUCCGAAUUGUCGUAACCUUGAUACACCGUAUUAUCAUUCGCGCGAUCGCAAAUCGGCGUCGAGAUCUCUCUCUCUCGGAGGAGGAGGUGUCCGAAUCUCGUCGAAGGAAGAACAGCUAGUGCGCUAACCUAGAAGAAGAUGCGGGCAUCUUCCGCGAACGCGCUUCCGCUCCUGGGGAUCCUUCAUAUGUUUUACUGGCUGCUCGAUCUGGUCGCGGCUACCGGAGGGGCCCUCGAUUCCACCCCGACCUUUCAGACCGCGAGUGCCACCGGCACUCCACAUUCCAAGAUAAUCGCCUUCUCCGCGAGCCUCACCGAUGGUCUGGCCCAGGCGGUGGCCCACGAGUCGUCCACUAUGGAUACCUGCAACGACGACUUGGCUUGCAUCACUAUGGCUUCUCAUGAUCGACUGGGCUUAGAAGCUAUUAAGUCUCUUCACAGUCAACUGGAUGACGAUGCCAAUGGAAAUGUUGAUCUGUCAGAAUCGGACGAUUUUUUAAGAGAAGAAUUGCAGUACGAAGCUGGUUAUGAACGAAGACAGAGAGCUUUUCAUCAUAAUGAUGAUAUGCAUAUCAGUGUACGAGAGCUCUGGGAAGCUUGGUUACGAUCUGAAGUUCAUAACUGGACAAUAGAACAAACAUCAGAAUGGUUAACUUCCAAUGUUGAGCUUCCUCAAUAUGUUCCUAGUUUCAUACAGCAUCGUGUGACUGGUGCUACGCUUCCUCGAUUAGCUGUGAACAAUAUGCAUUAUCUUAAUAAUGUUCUGGGCAUUAAAGAUCCUAUUCACAAACAAAAAAUUGCCUUAAAAGCGAUGGAUGUUGUUUUGUUUGGUCCUCCUAAAGAUACAGGACAUAGUGUCAAAGACUUAGUAUUAGUUACAUUGUUAUUUGGAGCACUUAUUGGAUGCUGGUACGCAUAUCAACAAAAGAAAAAUUCCCAAAAGCAUCUUCAUAGAAUGAUGAAAGACAUGGAAAGCUUACACAAGGCAGAACUUGCCUUGGAAAAUUUACAGAAAGAGCUAGAGAGAGCAAGAAUGGAACAGGAAAGUGCGGCGACUGAAAAACAAAAUUUGGAAAAACGUUUGCAAGAUGAAAGUUUGGGAUUACAUACUUCAUAUUCGGAUCUUGAAGUAUCGCAACUAAAGGCGGAAAUCGAAAUGCUGAAGCUGGAAUUACAACGAGCAGAGGGUGAACUUGAAGAUAGAUGUUGGUCGCCACCAGCUGGACUGCAGCAUUGGCUACAAUUAACUCAUGAAAUUGAGAACAAAGCGUAUACUAAUAAGAAGAUAGCAGCUGAAAAACAGCUUCAACAAGCACGAGAAGCGUGUGAGAAAUUACGAAAGAAACGUUCCAGUUUGGUGGGUGCCUUUGUUUCGACUCAUGGAAAAUCCAUCGACGAAGUUGAUAAGAGUAUAGUUGAGGCAAGAACUGCCCUGAAUGAAGUAACGAAUGAAUUGAAAGAGAGAGUACACCGUUGGAAACAAAUUGAAUUGCUUUGUGGUUUUAAUAUAAUUAAUAAUAAUGGAUUAAGUUAUUUAGAGAGUUUGUACAGAGGGACACCUAAUGGUAGAGGUCUUGGAUUAAGAGGACGACUUAGUAGUCAGGAUGAUUUAGAUGAUGAGGCAAGUUCACUGUACACACCGUCAUCGGUCAGCGCAGUCGCAGGUAUUUUGGAGAACUCUGCGUGGAAGGAGUCAUCGGUACCACCCGCUGGUCGAUUUGGCAGCGAGCUCUCGGACUCGUCGAGCAGCGAAACCGAGAAGGAACCUUCAGCCGGGGUAGUCCACUUCGUGGUGGGUGACGGACCCGAAGAGCCAGCCGUAGGGAAGGUCGUUGGCGCCUCCUCGCCCAAAGAGAAAUCCAGUAUCACGCGGUCCUACAGCCAGGAUACGAACGUGCUGAACGAGGAGAGGGCUUCCUCGAUCCUUCCGCCAAAGACGUCGUACUCGGAAAAUUCCCUGGACGUCUCGGACAGGUCCUACCGUCCUACGUCGAUGAGCGUGAAGAAGCCCCUUCGCGAGUUACCUACGGUGAUGUCGGUCGACGACGAGACGCUCUCGACCGACUCUAAUUCAACAGCCGACAACGACGAGCUUAAACGGAGACGCAGGAAGCUACACUUUCCGGCUUUCAGGAAGAACAAGGCUAAAGUUACGUGAUGUCCGCUAGUCACAUAAUAUAUAUAUAUAUAUAUA